CGGCAGGGCAGUUUGGCUGCACGUUAGGAACACUUCGAGUUUGGGGCUACAACACUGCGUGAACUCUCGACCUGCUGCGAGCCACUCCCAUAUCAAUCAGCCAGCUGCUCGCCUGAGCCAAGGAGACAACGUGCGACAUGCGCCGGUGUCCGGCCUCGUCCAGCUCGAGCGCGCGCGGCGGUGUCCCGUCGCCGUGCCCGUGCGACUCGUCCUCACCGCGUCUGUCCAAGUUCCGCCAGCGCCGCCACAAGGCCAACGCGCGCGAGCGACAGCGCAUGCACGGCUUGAACGCGGCGCUGGACACGCUCAGGCGUCGCGUGCCCAUCAACCACCAGGAGCCCGGCAGCGGGGUGCCCCGCCUCUCCAAGAUCGAGACCCUGCGGCUGGCCAAGAACUACAUCGGCGCCCUGGCCGAGACGCUGCGCCAGGGCAGCCCCAUGGAAGCCACCGUGUUCGCCCGCCACCUGGCCAGGGGACUCUCGCAGGCCACGGUCAACCUGAUUGCCGGCCAGCUGCGGCUGAGUCCGCGCGCGAUCGCUGUCCCGGACAACGGCGGCUGCGCCGCGCCGUCCCCGGCGCCGCACUGGGUCGCCACAUUAGGGAAGACGCCCCCGCAACCGUCGUCGCCCGCCAUCGCGGACGCCUACGAGAGGCCACCCCGGACGCCGGACGCCGCCGCUCUGGUUCAACGGCCACGGCCCUUGGCGCCGUCGUCGUAUCCGGGGGCGGCUCCCUAGGCCGCUUCUUGACGGCGGCGUCGCGUUAUACUCGGGCUUGCUCUGCUGCCUGCGGUAAUUCUAGUCUCGAGUGCACUUCAUUUCAUUUAAUUUAUUUUCACCUUAAAAGCGCCGAGGCAUUACAUAAGGGCGGGCUUCGAUCCUUGCGACAAUGUCAGAACAGAUGAACAGAACAGAAAAAAAAAAAAAAAAAAAAACAA